GCCAUCUUCGUCUUCGAGAAGACUCGGCCUCCGCAGGUGCUGUUCCCUUUGAGUCUCCCAAGCAAAGCAAGGGAAGCUGCACCCGGCUGCGAUGGAGGGAGGAGGGAAGGUGUACUCGUUCCAAGAGGUGCGGAAGCACAGCGAACGCCAGGAUUGCUGGCUCAUCAUCUCCGGCAAGGUGUACGACGUGACGCCGUACAUGGAGGAGCACCCGGGCGGCGACGAGGUCCUGCUGGCGUGCACCGGCAAGGACGCGACGGCCGAUUUCGACGACAUCGGCCACUCGGACGCCGCCAAGGAGCUGAUGCGGCAGUACUGCGUCGGGGAGGUGGACGCCGCCACCGUCCCGGCCAAGCUCGGCUGCGCCGUCCUCCCCGCCAAGGGUGCGGCGGAUCCUGCGCCACGCGCGAGCACGGGCCAGCUGCUGCAGCUCGCCCUGCCUCUCCUGCUGGUGGCCAUGGCCUUCGCGCUUCAGACCUUCGCCAAAACCAAAACAGAAACAGACUAGAAAGAUGCCGUGGCCUGCGGGCGGCCUCUUGGAAGUAUCUCCACGUCCAACCACUUGUUGUCAACGUUAUACGAGUGUGGGUGUCGUCUCUACCUACCGCUGCUGCACUUGUACUUGUAGUUCCAUCUCUCUCCUGCACGCCUGCACGGAAGUGGUCCUGUGCUGACGAAAUUGUUGGUGAAAUUCAUAUAUUUAUACCAUUAUAUAAAGUACGAAUACUUUUUAAUAUUGUCCGG